AUGGUUGAUUGUGAAGUUGUGCCUAGUGACGAAAUGUGGCGGAAGGCGACAAACUGUGAGAGAAAUGGGGAGCGGGAAGAGAAGCGAGAGCGGGGACCGAGCUUCGCUCAGAUCCCCACAAGCUUUGGGCACGAACUUAGGGCUUGCCUCCGUUGCCGCCUGGUCAAGACCUACGACCAGUUUAGGGAAUCGGGUUGUGAAAACUGCCCGUUCUUAGAGAUGGACAAGGAGCAUGACAAUGUGGUGAACUGCACCACACCGAAUUUUACCGGGAUAAUUUCAGUCAUGGAUCCUACUAGAAGUUGGUCGGCUCGAUGGCUGAGAAUUGCCUGCUUCCUCAAGUUCUGUUGCUUGUACCUGUUACAUCAAUUACAUCUAAGGAACAACGGAUCUCCCAGGUAUACAGGAAGGUUUAUCCCUGGGUGCUAUACACUUGCAGUUUCUGAGGAACUUCCAGAAGAAUAUCAGAAUAUUUGUGCGGAUAACAACGUGCAAUAUGUUCCCCCAAAACGUACAUGAACUGUAAGCUUUUCGAUUUGGGUUGAUUUGCCUGCUCGUCUUAUUAUUCAGUUUUCAAGCAGAAUGUAAUUCAUAUGACAAGAUUUGUGUCUAAUUCCUCUUGAGAAAUUUAUAGUGGAUGUAAUUUUUAGUUUUUUGUUUAUUUCCAAUCAGUUAUUAUAUAUGCUAGCAUUAUUUAC